AUGCUUGGCGGGAACAUAAGUAUCGCGUCCGCUGCAAUAUGCCUUUCAAAACACACUUUGAAAUCUCAUUGUUUUUCUGCCCUCCAGACCAGUUCCUUUCGCAUAACGCGGCUACCAGAGAAGCUGAUUCUGCGCAUUUUCAGUUUCCUCACGCACACCGAGCUCUGUACCAUCGCCAGGGUAUGCAAACAGUGGCGGCGUCUGGCCUACGACGAGGAGCUCUGGCAGUCCCUCAAACUCCGUCCCGAAAUGGGCGGCCUUUCGGUACCCACAGUGGAGGAUUUCCUCAACCUAAUCAAUCAGCGCUCCGGUGAGGGCCUGCGCUACUUGGAGAUUUCGAGUGAUCUCAUCACGGUUCCUGUGCUGGAGGAGUUGGGCAACAAGUGCACCAAUCUGCGCUACCUCACCCUGGACUUCAGCAACGCCAUGCAACUGCACGACUUCAACGAGAUGAUGGCUUUUCCCGGUUCACUGACCUAUCUCUGCAUCUGCCUGAGUGAUGUCAUCUUCAUGGAAGGCCUGAUGCGAAAGAUCUACACCUCCCUCUCCUCCCUGGAAGUUCUGCAUCUUAUUGGCACCUUCGAGAUGGCUGCCGAGGAAGAAGAGGAAAUAUACGAGGUAAUUAACAUCAGCAAAAUUCGCGCCCACACGCCAAAUCUGCGAGUCAUCAACCUGUUCGGCAUCAGUUUCGUCGACGACAGCCACGUCGAGCUUCUGGCAACUAAUUGUCUGCAACUAGAAUGCAUCGCGCUCAACUACUGCCUGAAUGUGAAGGGGGCCACCUUCCCGAUGCUCAUUGCAAACUGCAAAAAACUGAAAACUCUUUUACUCUGCCAUUGCUCACUCGAGGACCAGUAUAUCAUGGCCGUGCCCUGGGAGGAUUCCACUAUUUGCGAACUCGACAUCUCCUCCACAGAACUCUCGUCCGAAUGCCUGGAGUACUUCCUCACACGGAUUCCUGGAUUCAGAUACCUGGCAGCGGCUCAUACCGACUUUUUCAACGACUCGGUUCUGAAGCAUUUGGUUGACGCGAACAAAUUCAAAGAACUAAUAGCCCUGGAUCUUAGUUUCUGUCCCUCCUUGACAGAGGCAGCUGUCGUCAGCUUUCUGUCUAUUUACGGAAAGAACCUGAAGGGUCUAAUGCUCAAUGGGAACCCGGUGCUUGCCGAGUACUUCUGGACCACGGUCAUUCCCUUCCUUCCGAAUAUCCAGAUCUGCGUGCUGGGUUCACCCGACGGUUGGUUCUUCAAGUACAACACACGUGUCCAUGUGGACCAGAUCCUUCACGCCAUUGCACAGAACUGUCCCAAUCUGACUGCCCUUGAAAUUCAAUGGGACCAGGACACCCUGCGGUUCAGUGACAAAAGCCGAAAAUUUAUUGACAAACUCAGACUGAAAUGUUGGCGUCUGAAGUCACUCACCUUGUCCGAUGGCAAGUACUACGAAAUGGUGAAAGGCAAUUUUGAACGGGCUGAACGACCAAGGAUAGUGAGGGCGACAAAUUCUUAUGUCACAUCCCUCGUUUGUCUCUUAAACAGAUACAAGGAUCUGCAAUUUAAUUAG